AUGAUUCCUUUUAUCUAUCUAUCUAUCUAUCUAUCUAUCUAUAUUGUUCUCUUUUUUGUUUCUUUUCUCAUCAACUGUUCGUUUCUAUUUAUCUUUUUGUGUCUGUCUCGUUCCCCAACCAAUUCUCUUUCCUCCAAACUCCUUCCGUGUAUUUGUUCCUUUUUACUCUUCACCACCUGUCUGUCUAUUGUCUGUCUGUCUAUUAUUUUCUGUCUCAAGGUCUCAUACUGUCUCUUUCCCUCUUUGUCUAUCUAUUAUUCAUCCUCUUUAUUUAUGAUCACUCUCCUCCUUUGUCUAUCUCUAAUUCUUUCUCUCACUCUCUAUCUAUUACUCUCUCACUCUCUCCUCUAUGUCUUAUUCUCUCUUUUACUUUCUCCUUCUAACCUACUCUCUCUUUCCCUCCUUCUCUGUCUGUCUCACAUUUUAGUUUCUUCCUGUCUCCUGUUAUCUCUCUCUCCUUCCCUGUCUCCUGUUAUCUCUCUCUUCUUCCCUGUCUCCUGUUAUCUCUCUCUCCUUCCCUGUCUCCUGUUAUCUCUCUCUCCUUCCCUGUCUCCUGUUAUCUCUCUCUCCUUCCUGUCUCCUGUUAUCUCUCUCUCCUUCCCUGUCUCCUGUUAUCUCUCUCUCCUUCCCUGUCUCCUGUUAUCUCUCUCUUCUUUCCUGUUAUCUCACUCUCUUUCCGUGUCUCCUGAUCUCUCUCACUCUCCUUCCGUGUCUCCUGCUCUCUCUCACUCUCCUUCCGUGUCUCCUGAUCUCUCUCACUCUCCUUCCGUGUCUCCUGAUCUCUCUCACUCUCCUUCCGUGUCUCCUGAUCUCUCUCACUCUCCUUCCGUGUCUCUUGUUCCCUCUCUCUUUGUCUGUCUUUUGUUCUCUCUGUCUACCCCUUAUUCUCACUCACUCUCUGUCUACCCCUUAUUCUCACUCACUCUCUGUCUACCCCUUAUUCUAUCUUCCUUGUGUAUGUUUCUCAUUCUCUUUUCUCCUAUCUGUUGUUCUCUUUUCCAUUAUGUAUCUCUCUCUCUCCUCACUUCUCUCUCUUUCUCUCAUUCUCUCUCCAUUUGUACCUGUCUUUUCUUCUCUCACUACACACUGUCUUCACUUCCUACCCAACAUAUUUUCCCCAGACUCUCUCUGCAUCUCUCUUUCUCAUUUAUAAUUUUUUUCUCUUUUUUUCUAACUUGCUUUCUUAGUCUUUCUCUCAUUAACUCACUCCUCUCUCUCCCAGUCCCCAUUCUGUCUUCCCCUUUUCCCCUCUUGCAAACAGAAAAAAUGCAAGACUUGAACAAUGCAACAAUGUCUGUCAAUGCUUCAUUUGUCAUUAACAAAUACUGUGCCUAA